AUGUACCAGCUUCUUGGCUCCGAUCACACUCGAGAAGACGAUGGCGCACACUUGAACGACGAUCCAGCUUCUGAAUGGAGAGACGAUGUCUACCCCUAUCGCCCAUCCGAACCUUGGGACAUCUCCACAGACUUUCCGUACCCUCGACUCCUGCACUAUGAAGUCUCUGAAGGAACGUGGCUUCGUCUAGAUGUCCACCCACUGACAGGCGACGUCGUGUUCGACAUGGUUGGCGACCUAUACUGCUUGCCUGCACUGUCAUACCACUUUGAGGGAUAUGGUAGCCAGGAACUCGCACGUGCUGUUCCAAUCUUGCGCGGUGUACCGUUUGACUCAGAGCCACACUUCUCGCCGAGUGGUGACAAGUUAUUGUUCACCAGUGAUGCGGAGCUUGGGUUCGAGAACAUCUGGGUUAUGCCAUGGACGGGCUGUGAGUCCAUGGAUCUCGGACGCCAGUCACUUGAACUCGAGACUUCAUAUUUUGCUGGCGGAAAGAACAGAAGGCUGCUUAGCGAGGGCCGACUGAAUGCUAGACGCGCCACAAACGAAACGUACAACUACGUUACCGAAGCACGCUUCCAUCCCUCGUCGGACAAGAUCAUCGCGGUAAAGCGCCAUUAUGGCAAGAUCUCCAUCGGCGCAGGCGAAGGUUGGGUGUUCGAUGUUCCUUCAGUUACUGACAGUGCGCCCGAGACACCUAUCUCGGCAGGAAGCGGAGCGCGAGUUGUCACGAAAGAUCUCCCUCCUGGUUGGCCGAAGGCCGACUAUCCAGAGCACUUCAUUGGUCCUGAGGAAAUCAUCUGGGCGGGUUACGAUAAGGUUAUCUUCGCGAAGAACACAUGGACAGCUGGCAGUAUACAAGACAUACACAAAGGGAUUUACGCUAUCUACUCCAAGAACCUCACCAGCGGCGAAGUUAAUACCGUCGUUGACGCAUUUCCGGGUGGUGCUAGCAGGCCGACACUGUCUCAGGAUGGUCGAUCCCUCGCGUUCGUCCGCCGUGACCGCGAUACCCAAGUUCUUGUCGUAAAAGAUCUAGAGACAGGGACCAUCCAUCAUGUCUGGAACGGCCUUACGGUGCUAGUUAGCAUGGUCGGAACACCGAUCGGCACAUAUCCCUCUUUCGCCUUCACGCCCUCGAAUGACGGCAUCAUCAUCUGGGCCACCGGAAACAUCUAUUUUGUCCCACUGGUGCAAAAUAGAUAUGGGGAGCGCGUAGCAGGGGGCGAGCCGCGAUCCAUUCCCUUCAAAGCGCAGAUUGAGAAGCGCCUGGCAGAGACAUUGCAUCACGAUACAGAUCUCUUGCCCCUGGAAACGAAAGACGAACAGCAUCUGUAUGCUCUUAAAGAACUCAGUGUUAAUCAUGGUGGUACAAGGGCAGUGUUUCAAGCUGCAGGCGUCAGCUAUGUCCAGACUGUCGGCGACGACAGCUCUCGUGCCCACAGGGUACCAGUGCUAUAUCCCGACGAGGCAUACUACUCCCCGUCUUUUGUACCUGGAUAUGACGAUCUCGUCAUUCAUGCCCAUUGGUCUAAUGCCAAAUUCACAACGCUCGAGAUUGCGAACGUUUCUUCUCAGUCGGCCAUCAUGCUCUCGGGAGUCCCGAAAGGACGGUACUAUGCACCGACUCUUAGCCAGGCAACCUCUACGAUCCGUAGGCUUGCGUUCGUGAAGACCUCGGGUGACAAGAUCUCGGGUUUUCUCCCAGCUUCCGGCGACGUGCUUACGGGAAGUAUCGUCGCUACCUCGCGUCCGGGGCUGUAUAUUGGGGAGGUUACCCUUCCUCAUGGUCACUGUGACGCCACUCGCCAGAUUGCUGUUGAGGAGCUUCGCUUUGUGCGCAGCGACGUUGACACCACCGAUCCACUCGUCAGCAUGCAGUUUGUUGACUCUGGUGGGUGUGCGCUGCUGGUACAGCAGUCCCAGCGCGUAUUCACCAUUGACCUUUGCGCUGGCCCUGAUGUGUUUGGGAAUUAUCCGCACGAGACGAUUGCAGCCGGAAGAGGUACGGAAGAACUUGUGGUCGUCCCUCGCACGGCUGGGGAGAACUAUACCGUAGAUAAGGCGGCCUUCGUGCACUCGUACAACGUUUAUCUUGCGGAUGGAGGGGACGUCUCUCCGGACGAACCGCUUUGGAGUAGGCCCGGAAACGCGACGAAGGGGCUUGCGAGGCUAAGCGUCGAUGGUGGGCAUGAUGUCGCGUUCAGUGGUGACGGCAAGAAGAUUCUCUGGCUGCUUGGGCCUCACUUGCAUUGGCUCGACCACUCCGAUCUGAACCGCUGUUCUAGGGAGAUCAAGAAAGACCAGAAUACAUUCGGUGUUGAUUGCAUCAAGGACUAUGUCAAGGUGCAAGAUGUCACCGUCCAUUAUACCACUGACAUUGGGCGGCUCAAGCAAGACGCGAAAGCUGCUUACCCUGGUAACAGCAAUGCAGCUGUGGUGGCAAUCUACAAUGCGACGAUCCUUAGUAUGGAACAUGGUGAUGAGGGGUCUGAUCUCAUUUACGAAGGUACCAUCUUGGUCAGAGAUGGAGUGAUUGAAGCCGUAGGGAACGACGUGGUUAUUCCGUUAGGUGCAGCACGUAUUGAUGCUCACGGAGGCUACGUUGUACCCGGAUUCAUCGAUGCCCAUGCACACUGGAUUGGGCAUGAGACGCGGUACCCGGCUGCGUCUUGGGAACACCAGACGUUCCUCGCGUACGGAGUGACAACUGUUCACAACCCAAGCUCGCACAGCGUCCUCGGCUUCGUGGAACGCGGCCGUAUAGAAAGCGGACUGAUGGUCGGCCCCCGCGUGUUCCAUACAGGCAGGAUCAUCUAUACAGCUUCGCACCCCCAGUUCUACCAGGACGUGUCGAGCGAGGCGGAGGCGCGGUCGGCGCUGGCGAGGAUCAAGGCGGAGGGUGGCCCUGCGAGUUUUUCGUACAAGAACUAUAAUAUUCAAUCUAGAGCUGCUCGCCAGCGCUUGUUGAAGCAGGCGAGGAACAUGUCGAUGCUAUGCAUGCCUGAAGGGGGAUCAAUAUUCAAUUGGGAUUUGACCUACAUACUGGAUGGUAUGACCACCCUCGAGCACAAUCUGCCUGUGCCUGUUCUCUACGAAGAUGUACGCACUCUGUUUGAGAUGAGCGGCACGGCCUCGACUCCAACGCAUAUCGUCACGUACGGCGGAGGCGCAGGGGAGGAACUGGUCUGGCGCUAUUAUGACGUGCCCAACGAUCCUAAGCUGAGAGAGUUUACGCGACAUGACAUCCUGGAGCGUCUGUCUGAGUCGAUGGCUAGACCAAUGAACUCGUACGGACUCUUCAACGUCUCUGAAUCAGUGGCCAAGAUGGUGAACCGAGGUCUUCGCGUGCAUAUCGGCGCCCAUGGCGAGCCGCCCCUCGGACUCAACUACCACGCAGAGAUGUUCUUCGCGUACGCUGGCGGGAUGACCAGCUAUCAGGUAUUGCAGGCAGCUACAGCUUCGCCGGCACGAACAUUCGGUCUCUGGGGAUCGCUGGGCUCUGUGACCCCAGGAAAGCUGGCUGACAUGGUGAUAUACCCUCCGGGCGUUGAUUUGCUGGCAGACAUCACUCGUACGAAAGAUCUGAAGUACGUCAUGCGGGGAGGGAGAAUAUGGGAUGCAGACACUAUAACCGAGGUGUGGCCUGUCAAAGGGCGGAGGCAGGUUAUGCCUCCUUUGAACCCGUAGUCCUUGCGUGUCAGCCACAGCAUAUAAUAUUCAGAAAACUCGGUAUGCCAAUGGCAAAUACGAUUUCGAGUGCCG